AUGAGUUCCAACACGCCCUAUUACAAUGCAGCAGAAGGACCGGCGAUUUUAGACCAAGGAAAUGCGGAAUGGAAACGAGGCACCAAGCAAGGAGCAAAAUGUCAAGACUUGAUUUGGGGCAUUUUGUUUUAUGUGCAGCUGGGAGUGAUUGGCAUUCUGACGGCCAAAUAUGCACCGAUAAUGACUGUGGAAUUGGCAGAAACCUAUGCCACUAGCAAUUAUAAUCAAGGACGCCGACUGGAAGAGCAAAAUGAACAAAAUAAUGCCUUUGAAGUCAAUGUCGGUCAAAUUUGGUUCCUGGUGGGAACUUCGGCGUUGAUCAGUGGUUUGCUAUCCACCUUUGCCAUGACACUCAUGUCCAAGUGCGCACAAGUUCUCAUCAAAAUGGCGCUCUUUUUCAACAUUUUUGUGACGGCAGGAGUGACCAUUGUGGCCUUGGUGGCAGGCGGAUCUUCGAGUGUCGUCUUGCUAUGUGGAGUCUCCUUUGUAUUUGCACUCUAUUAUGCUUAUGUCGUCUGGAAUCGAGUUGCCUUUGCGGCAUCCAACCUGGUGACAGCGACUACUGCGGUGCAGGCAAAUUUGGGAUUGACCUUUUUGGCCUAUUCCAGUUUGAUUCUGUCCAUGUUGUGGUCCGUGUGGUGGGCGGUUGCCUUUGUGUCGACCAACUAUGUAUUGGGAAACUGCAAUCCAGAUGGUACCUGCGAAGAAGAACUGAAUGGAUUCAUUGUAUUUUUACUGCUAGUGAGCUACUUUUGGACGGCACAAGUCAUCAAGAAUGUGGUUCACGUGACAGUGGCGGGGACGGUUGGUACCUGGUGGUUUGCGCCAUACGAAGCUUCUGGUUGCUGUUCCCAGGCGGUCCGAGACUCGUAUACGCGGAGCAUGACAACAUCCUUUGGUUCCAUUUCCCUUGGAUCGCUGCUGGUUUCCCUUGUAUCAGCGACAAGGGAGAUGCUAUACGCAAUGCGAGAACAAAACAAUUCGUUGUUGCUAUGUCUGGCCGAUUGUUUGCUGGGCUGCAUUGAAAGUCUGUUGGAGUACUUUAACAGCUGGGCAUUUGUCUAUGUCGGUCUCUACAAUUACAGUUUCAUAGAGGCCGGCUCCAAUGUCAUGACACUCUUCAAGUCGAGAGGAUGGUCCGCCAUUGUUGCUGAUAUUCUAGUAGACACAGUAUUAUUGAUGGUUAGCUUGGCCGUUGGGAUCUUGACUGGCUUAUCCUUGGCGCUACUGGCUAGCUUUGCCAAUUGGAGCCAGGAAAUGAGAGGGGUGGCACUGAUAGCUGGAACAGUGGUCGGAUUCAUCUUUUGUACUACCAUGUUUAGUCUCAUUAGCAGUGGGGUGAACGCGGUCAUUGUCUGCUAUGCCGAGGCGCCGGCUGAAUUCCAAGAGAAUCAUCCUCAUUUGGCCCAGCAAAUGUUGGGUGCCUGGAAACAAGCCUACCCCAACGAGUUUCAAUAUUGA